UUCAACAAGUAGAACAGAAGUUGAAAUAAUUGUUCUUGUCUUUCUACAAUUUGAGAAUGGGAUUUGAGUAAUCGUAGCUUCCACCAAAUAUAUGACACGCCAAGGUUCCUUCGUGGAAGGAAUCACGGUCGAAUUCGUGUUGUGAGAGCAUCGAUAUGCCCCUAUCUUCGGUGCUCUAGCCAAGAUGGAUGAAGAUUUGCUGGCCACGUGUGCUGGUCUGGGUUACACGGAGGGUGACAAGUACUAUCGCGGAGAGGAGUGUUGGGAAUGCGCGAAGGACUUGAUUUCAUUCCUGAAGCUCGACGAUGAAAGUUCCUGCACUUAUCGCUUGCAGAUGGCUACUGCCCACAUCCUGCAGAAGGACUUGCUCUCGGUUCUUGUGAACUUCCACGAGGACGAACGUCUCAUGGACGUUAUCAUUCGGCUAAUCUUGAAUUUGACACAGCCGGCACAAACAUGCAUGAACAAGCAUCCGACCAUCAAGAAAGCUGACCUGAUGGAUAUGGGCGUUUACAUGGCGCUCAACGCACAGUUGCGCAAGUACAAGGAAGCCUUCACUGUUGAAGCAGUAUUUCAGGUGCUUGGUGGCAUCUUGGGCAAGUUCUGCCAGAAAGAAUAUGACAAGCGUACCGAUGAUGAUAUCCAUUUGGUCGAGCGUAUCCUCGGCAUCAUCCGCAACAUCCUACACGUCCCAGCUGAUCCUGCAGAGGAAAAGCGUACUUCCGAUGAUGUCAGCGUUCACGACCAGAUUAUUUGGAGUCUGCACACCAAUGGUUUCUUCGAGUUAUUUAUCUACAUAGCAUCGUCCUCGGAGGAACAAGACUGGUUAUUAUACAUUGCUGAGAUCAUGUUCCUGAUGAUGCGCGAACAGAACCCUUCCUCUCUGGCCAGUGCGCUACGAGGGACAAGGGCCGUGGAGGAGAAAGAGGAAGACAACCGAGAGUUGUCACUGCUGUUGGAGAGAGAGCGGGCCAUGAAGGCGAAGAAAUCAGCAACGUAUCACUCAAGGCAUUCACGGUUCUUGGGCACGUACACAUGUACGGAUGUGAAGGGCAUCGGUGACCGGAUGCUGGUUUAUCAUAAGCCUCUGCAAGAGGCAAACACGAUAUCAUUCGAUGAUGGUAAGCGAGGGCGGAAGAAGUCCCGUAACCGGCGUCCAGCCGAAGCCGAUGACCUGAAGCGAUCAUCUACACUAAGCAUUCGGAAGGUUCUGGCAACUUUCUGUGUGGACUUUCUCAAGUCCUGCUACAACCUAACCAUGCAAACCAUCAAGAGCCGACUCAUGGCCGGGCGCUGUCAGACGAACGACGAGACCUACUAUUUCUGGUGCCUCCGGUUCUUCAUGGAGUUUUCCCGAUUACAUGAGUUCAACACAGACGUUGUAAGCGAGACCCUUACAAUGGACACGUUCAAUUUCAUCAUGAAGCAUGUGUUCUCCACGUUCGAGAGUCUUUCAAUAGAGAAGCAAGCGGCUGCUAGGCCAUGGUCGAAACGGUUACAAUACGCCCUCAAAGCUUACCAUGAACUGUUGCAGUACGUACAGAUGCUGUCUCUGUCGUCCAACGAGGAAGUGCGUGACAAUGCCAAGAUCAUGCAGAGAAACAUCUUCUACAUUCCGGAGUAUCGUGAUGUGUUUGUAUCGCUGCUCAAGUCCUAUGAUGAAGUCAAAUCAGACAAGAGUUUCCUGGCUGAUGUCGUAGAAACCGUCCACCUGUACCUCAAGCUGAUCGAGCGGUAUUGCAAGGAUCGUGGCGGCCGUAUCAUGGUACAGGCGAAGAAGAAAGCCUCCAAGGGGCGUAAGAACAAGUCCGGUGGUGGUGGGGGUGCUGCUGGCGGUGGCCGUGGCGGAGCUGCAGCUAACAAACGAGGGCCCUGGUCGUUGUCAGAUGAUCAGAUGCAAGAGCUAUGGGAGGAGCACUCUGAGUUUGCUACGCUUGCACUUCAGUCUUUGUCCCAGGGUGACGAUAACGAUAACAAUGCCAUUCCGUUCGACGCUGCAAGCGAGCUUCCAGAAGAUGUGCAGAGGACAACGACUGCUGAGUUGAUUCGUUCACAUCUUCUCUCCAGUGCGUAUCGCCGUGCUGCUCAGCUUUUCCGUGCGGCAAGGGAUAUCUGGAGAGACGGUACGUUUGGCCGGCCUGACAGCACUGUGGAUGAGGAGAUUGUGUGUAUGCGCCAGAUCUUCUUCAACCUCAUCAUGCCAGACUUGGCCCCGGAACCCAAUGAUGAAGAGGAGACUGCAGCAUCCACACAGGCAGCCAAUGGUGAAGGUGGUGAGCAGCCCGUUCAGGAGUUCAUUGGUGCUGGCGCUGAUGACGACGAGGAAGAAGAAGGACGAGGACGAUCUGUCUCUUACGACUUUGAGUUCAAUCUUUCCACUUAUGUUGCCAAAUUCGCUAAUUUCCGUGUAGUUCGCAACUACAGUUUGCUGCUGAGCCGCUACACAACCAACUCCGUCACACUCAACCACUGUAUUGUCAAGAUGAUGUAUCGUAUUGCUCACGACUGCCAACUCAUCCCUCUCUUCUUCCAGUUGUCGGUCUUCACUUGCUUUGAUCAUAUUCUCAACGACCCGGCCGCGAAGAACAAACACAUGGUGGAGCUGUACAAGUUCUCCGUGUACAUCGUGAGAAAGUUCACUGAAUGCGCGCCCAGCAAUCCUGUGCUGUACGCCGAGGCACUGUUCUGGAAGGACGGUGCGGCCGUCUUCGAGCUGCAGAAUGGAUACGGGUCUAUGCAAACAUCAAAAUCGCGCAUACUAGCCCAGAAGUCGUGGACAGACGCACAGCAAGAGCAGCUUGCCCAGUUGUACGAGCGCUUCCAGGGCUCCGCUGACCUGGUUGGCGACAUUCUGGUGGAGCUUGAAGUAGAGCCGGAGCGCUCUCGGCGUCAAAUCUCCCAUCAACUCGUGAAGCAGGGCCUUGUGACGGACAGGAAGGAGCUGCAUCGGAAGUUACCCGCCUCUGAAGCCCAGGCAAAGAAGUCUGCACAGUGGGCGGACAACGAUAUCGUCGAGAGCGGUGCGUCAGCCUCCUCCUCCUCAGAUGACGAUGAUGUCGACACCGUCCUUGCACGCCUUCAAAAUGCAGCGGACGCCGGUUUGCUGGAGGAGAACGAGGUGGACUCGGCUCUGCCCAUUCGAUCCGAAGGCAGGAGAGAUCGUCGAGCCAGUGGCUCGGAGAACGAAAGCAGCGGUGGAGGCAGUGACAGUGACACCGGGUCGACAAGCGCCCGGCAGUCCAACCGUGAUCGGAGGCGGCGGCGUGCUGGUCCCAUCAAGAGACCAUCUCACCGCGCCGCUACUGCUACUGAUGCUAAUGAUAGUGAUGCUGAUAACAGCGACAUCAUCGCUGAUGCUGGUGACUCAGACUCAGACAAUGCUGACAGCAGUCCUGCUGAAGCACAAGCCCAGGAAACGUCCAGUCGCAGAAGAAGACCAGCACAGCGACGAGCAGGUCGCCGAACGAAGACACCUGUGCGUACCGGCGGUGAUGAGGUUGACAGUGACAUCAUUGUCGAUGCCGAUGACUCAUCUUCUAAUGAUGAUGGUGCUGAUGCUAGUGCUGCUCCUGCCGCUGCAAAGGCACCUAAGCAAUUAGCUAAUCGUAGUCGAAAGCAGCAUCAGCCGCGUGGAGGCCGUCGUACUAAAACACCGGCCAGCAAUGGUGCUGAUGAGAUUGACAGUGACAUCAGUGUUGAUGCUGAUGACUCAUCCUCUGAUGAUGACUGCGAGGCAUCUUCUCUGAAGAUCGACGUGUCUGCAGCCCACUUUUCUUCCAGUGAAGGAGAGCGGGAUGAAGACAUGGACACUAACGCUGGCGGUGGCUCUGUAGAAAAUGACAACGCAGAGUCCUACACUCCCAACUUUGCGUCCAGGCGACGCAGUCGUAUUGCAAACGACAGCAGUGAUGAGGGGAGUGAGGAUGGGUCUGGAGAACAGCAGAAUGCUGGCAACGCCAAGGCAAUGCGUCGUCACACAACAUCGGGAACGAACAGCAGAGCACGUCAGGCUCGCUUUGCUGACGAUAGCGGUAGCGGCAACGAGCAGGGUGCCAAUGGAGCAGAGGAUGAUGACUCCGAUGCUGCCGAGGCUGGAGAAUCCCACACGCCAUCCUUUGCCACGUCACGUCAUGCACGCAUUGCUGAUGAUAGCAGCGAAGAAGAUGAAGAAAUGCCGUCAACGGAGGGACAUUCCAAUGACGGUGGCGGUGGAUCUCAUACUCCGGCUUUUGCUUCAAGUCGCCAUGCGCGGAUUGCGGACAACAGCAGCGAUGACGAAACCCCUUCCAUGGCCAACGGACAUUCGGAGAUCGAUGGUGGUGAGUCGAACACCCCGGCAUUUGCUGCACUGGACAAUAACUCAGAUAAUCCCACUGAGAACGGCACCCAAGUUGAUCUUGAAUCUCAGACUCCACGCUUUGCUUCCAGACCUGCUUUAGAUGAUGAUGAGGAGGAGGAGGAGGAGGAGUCAGUGGCCAAUAGCCUGCACGCCAGUGUGGGCACAAAGCGUGCACGUAUCAUGGACUCCAGCGACGAAGAGGACGGUCCUCUCACGGAGGCCACACCGUCGUUUGCCAAGCGACUCUACGAAGAGUGACGCUAGGCGGCUUGCCUCGCUGUGUAAAUACGUGCCAGUGAUUGACUGCACCUAGGACCUGGCGCUGUGCUCAAUACCUGGCAGCGAUUGACUGCAACUGGGGACCCGGCGCUGUGCUUAAUACCGUGUAGAGAAAUGCAGCUACACGACUGUACUGGUUCUUCAUUGGAUUUUCAAACUUGAUCAGGAUUUUCUAUUUUGUACCAUUUUUUUUUGUAUUAUGACUCCAUGUACAUAGUUUGCAAAUUACUUUUCACGGACUCCCAAUAAUUUGAGGUUCCCUCUCCGGGAAUGCAUGUAAAAUAUGUUGAAGCUCUCUGCACGAAACACAUUCUUACUAGGAUACCUGGAUCCAUAGCUUCAUUUGACUUUGUAUUCCUUUUUCAUCUUUUUUAGUCUUGCAUUCUGCGUGGUGAGAAGAUCUACAUUAUUUUUUCGCGUGA